UUGGGUGACUUAAACCUGGAUAGACUGAAACCUAACACAAGCGAAGGUAAAUUAUUAUUAAAUCUUGAAGUGGAACAAAGAUUUGAAUGUCUUAUUACGCAACCUACACGUAUCACCACCAUUGGGAAUAAGACGACCAGUACUCUAAUUGAUGUAUUGUUGAGCAAUAGACCCGAUCUAUUCAAGCAUAGCGGAAUUUAUCACCCCUCGUUAAGUGAUCACUGCCUAAUUUAUGGAAUCUUGAAAGACAAGGUGUUAUCUCAUCGGCCGAAAGUCAUAACAUUCCGAAGCUAUAAGAACUUUGAUGAAUGUCUCUUUAAAGAAAGUUUAUCAAUGGCUCCCUGGCAUGUAGGUGAAAUCUUUGACGAAAUUGAUGAUCAAGCUUAUUAUUGGAGUACUCUGUUGCGAAAUCUGGUUGAUGAUCAGCUUCCCUUGAAAAAGAUGAGAGUCCGCGACAAAGACGUACCGUAUAUGACCACAGGUUGGAAGCAAGCAAUACGUGCCAAGAGAAGAGCUACAGUGAAAUAUAAA